AUGACUGGAGGCGGUGAAUCGCCACUUAUAAGAGAGGCUACACAUGCCGGAACAUGGUAUGUUGGUACACCCAGUGUUUUAGAUCGUCAAUUGGAUCAAUUUCUCAACGGCAAAACCAAAAUUAUCGAUGGUGCUCGUAUUUUAUUAGGUCCACAUGCUGGAUAUUCGUACGCCGGUCCAACAUUGGCAAAAGCAUAUGGGGCGUUUGAUCCAUCUAAGGUCAAGAGAGUCUUCAUCAUGGGACCAUCGCAUCAUGUGUAUUUCUCUGGCUCUGUUAUGACAUCAAAAUUCGAUGCUUACGAUACUCCUCUGGGAAAGAUUCCGGUUGAUAAAGAGACAAUAUCUGUUUUAAUGAAGAAGGACCCCAAGAUGUUUAAGCAGAUGAGUUUCCAGGCUGAUGAGGAUGAACAUUGCUUUGAAAUGCACAUGCCUUUCCUUUAUAAGGUGACGGAGAAUUCUCCAAACGGUGUUCCCAAAAUUAUUCCAAUCAUGAUAUCCGACUCGAACGAGAAAUUGGAGCGAAAACUUGCCAAGGAUUUGCAGCCGUAUUUUGAAAAUAAGGAGAAUGCAUUCAUAAUAACAUCCGACUUCUGCCAUUGGGGUUUCCGAUUUGAUUACACUGCCUACACUGCAGAUGGAAAAGUUGACUCCUUAACAAGUGAUCCAAGAGUCCCGAAAGGAGGAAUACCAAUUUAUCAAAGUAUCGAGGCCAUGGACAAAAAGGGAAUGAAGGUUGCCUCGACAGGAUCAUACAACGAUUUCAGAAAGUAUCUUAGUGUGACCGGAAAUACUAUAUGUGGUGCAAAACCUUUAAGUGUCCUUCUUGCUAUAAUGGAAAAGUACUAUCAGCAAGAAGCUGAUGAUAAAUUCCAAUGGAAUGGAUAUGCUCAAAGCUCUCAUGUGAUAAAUCCAAUGGACAGUAGCGUGAGCUACGCUAGUGGUUACGCUGUAAUUUGA